AUGGCUGACCUAGGAAACCAUGACAAGGAUGCAGUGACCUAUAAUGAUGUGCAUGUUAACUUCACUGAGGAAGAAUGGGCUUUGCUGGAUUCUUCACAAAAGAAUCUCUACAAAGAUGUGAUGGUGGACACUUACAAAAACCUCACUACUAUAGGCUACAAGUGGAAAGAUCAUCACAUUGAAGAGAAUUGUCAAAGUUCUCAAAGACAUGGAAGGCAUGAAAUAAGUCAUAUUACAGAGAAACAUUCUGAAUAUACUCAAAAUGGUAAAGCCUUUGGAUAUCACAAUCAUCUUAAAAAGCAUGAAAGAAGACAUACUGGAGAAACAGCAUAUGAAUGUAGGCAAUACGAUAAGGCCUUUGAAUGUCACAGUUGUACUCAAAGUGCUCUUCAAUCGCAUAAAAGAACACAUACUGGAGAGAAACCCUAUGAAUGUAAGCAGUGUGAUAAAGCCUUUGCUCAUCAUACUUCUCUUCAAUUGCAUGAAAGAAGACAUACAGGAGAGAGACCCUAUGAAUGUAAUGAAUGUAGUAAAGCCUUUUCUAGUCCUAGUCAUUUUCAAGUACAUAAAAGAACACAUACUGGUGAGAAGCCCUAUGAAUGUAAUCAAUGUGGUAAAGCCUUUGCAUGCCAGAGUAGCUGGAAAAAGCACAAAAGAACACACACUGGAGAGAAACCCUAUAAAUGUAAUCAGUGUGAUAAAGCCUUUGCACAACACAGUCAACUUCAAAUGCAUGAAAGAACACAUACUGGAGAGAAACCAUAUGAAUGCAAUCAAUGUGGUAAAGCCUUUGCACAAAAAGGUAAUCUUCAAAGUCAUAAAAGAACACAUACUGGAGAGAAACCCUAUGGAUGUAAUCAAUGUGGUAAAGCCUUUGCUGUUCAGAAUGCUCUUAAAUUACAUAAAAGAACUCAUACUGGAGAGAAACCCUAUAUAUGUAAUCAAUGUGGUAAAGCCUUUGCUUCUCAGAGUACACUUCAAAUGCAUAAAAGAACACAUACUGGAGAGAAACCCUAUGAAUGUAAGCAAUGUGGUAAAGCCUUUGCUUAUCAGAGUGCUCUUCAUGUACAUAAAAGAACACAUAGUAGAGUGAAAUCCUGUGAAUGUAGAAGGUAAAAUAUGUGGUAAAGCCAUUGCUUAUCACAGUUCUCUUCAAGUACAUGAAAGAACACAUACUGGAGAGCAACCCUAUGAAUGUAAUCAGUGUGGUAAAGCCUUUUCACAGCACAGUAAUCUUUAAAUUCAAAUACAUAAAAGAACAUACGUGGGGCUGGAGAGAUGGCUCAGUGGUUUAGAGCACUGGCUGCUCUUCUAAAGGACCGUAGUUCAAUUCUCAGCACCUACAUGGCAGCUCAUAACUAUCUGUAACUCCAAUUCCAGAGGAUCCAACACCCUCAUACCAGUGCACACAAAAUGAAGUUGAAUUAAAAAAAAUUUAAAAAUAACAUACUGGAGAGAAUCACUAUGAAUGUAAUUAAUGUGAUAAAGCCUAGUCAUAAUAGAGAGUAAUCUUAUGGCUAAAUCUUUUAGGGUAUAAUUGGUCUCUCAAAGCCAAUUACACUACACUUUGAGGAUCUGAUAAAACUCAUACCAAAGGAAUCUAAAUAUAUAUUAAUUGGUAUGAUCUUUAGCCAACACACACUUACAUUCAAUUACACAAGAGGUUAUUUAUUCUAGAGAAAAAUACCUGAAAUGUCAAUAAUUUUUUCAGGCUCUAUCAUAUCCCUCUUUAUUUUGUUUACACCUGCAAACAUAUGGGUAAA